CGGUAACAAAAAAGCGAAAGGCUGGAAGAGAGAAGAGGGCAGUCCUCUGUGCAGUGCUUUCUCUCUCUAGCCCCACUACAAAAAAAGAGAAAUAAACAGUCCCCACACAUACAAAAACCCACUAGGAUAUUAGACUCCCUCUCUCUCUCUCUCACAUGCAGUGAUAUCAAAGAGAGCAUACUUAAAGAGAGACAUAGAAAGAGUGAUGAGAAUAGCAAAACCAAAGUGAGAAAAAAGAAAAAGAAAAAGAAAAAAAAAAGGGGCAAAUCCCAAACCCCCCAAAAAGAAAAAGCAGUUGAAGGAAGAAGGGAAAGGAAAGGUUGAGUUGGUUAUGGUGGAAAAUCUAAUCGGCACGGUACAGCAGCUCAGGGGUAGACUCGUGAUUCCAGAUUCAUAUCAAUCUCCAUGCUCGUUUUCUCGUUCUUCACCUCCGUGUUCGGGGCUCCUACUAAUGCUGUUGAAUCAAUCGGCACCAAAAUCAGUAAGCUCGGUGGAUUAUUCAUCGGCGGCGUUGGCGGCGGAGGCAACGGUGGUGCUUUCUGGAUGGACCGUCAGCCUUCCAAUGCCGGUAUAGCUUUUGCAGUCACGGCCUUGGCCGGACUCGCCUUGGCCGCCGCCGUUUUCUACUCUACUAGGUAAAAACGCACAAAUUUCAAAACAUAUUGUAACCAAAAAGAAAAAAAGAAAAAAAAGGAAGAGUGUGUUUUACAUAUCCGGACUCAAUUGAAACCCUAGAAAUCUGUAGAGUAGAUCUUCUUCUCUCUCUUUCUUUUCACAGUUAAAACAGUGAGUCAGUUGUAGAAGUAGAUGAGAGCUCUCAAACGAAGUCAGACUUCGUCGUCUUCAAAUUCCUCUUCACCGUCUUCAUCAUCACCGUCACCGUCAUCGUCAUCGUCGUGGAUUCAUUUGAGAUCAGUCUUAUUCGUUGUUGCAUCCUCACCAGCUUCUUCUUCUUCCUCUAAUCGAGGUCAUCUCAAAUCACCAUGGUCUCGUAGAAAAAGAAAACGUGCUCUUGCACCCCAACAGUGGAGAGGCUUUUUCACACCAGAAGGAAAACUUCGUGACGGUGGAGUUAAAUUUCUAAAGAAAGUCCGAAGCGGAGGUGUUGAUCCAAGUAUCAGGGCAGAGGUUUGGCCAUUUCUGCUUGGGGUCUAUGAGUUGAACAGCUCCAAAGAAGAAAGAGACUGUAUAAGAAAUCAGAAAAGGAGGGAAUAUGAGAGCCUUAGGAGAGAUUGUCGCCGACUGCUGAAACGCAAUGGAACUUUUAAAAUGAAGGAAACUGGUGGAAUGGGAAGCGAUGGUGAAGGCAAUAUCACUGAAGGGACGGAUUCCCCCGACUAUGAAGAUGUUGUUACUGCCCGGGAAUCUCUCUCUAGUGAGGACAGGAGCCCAUACAUCGAGGAUUCUGACAACCCCGGUGGUGCAGAUGAAUUUUCCAUUUCCAAACGAGUGAUGGAGCCAAAUGAUGUCUCUGACUCUGAGUCAUCAGACUCGGAUUCCUCUGCAGAUCCUGAUAUUAGUCAAACUGUCCCCUCCGCAGAAAGCAUGGAUGAGAAUACUGCUGAAGUUGCUGAAGUGACUUCUAAGGAGGACCCUUCUCCUUCAAAGACAGAAGUUUCUUCAAGGCCCUGUAGUGCAGAAGAUUUUGGUACAUGGCAACGAAUAAUUCGGCUUGAUGCAAUUCGUGCUAAUGCAGAGUGGAUAGCAUAUUCCCCAUCUCAAGCUGUAGUAUCAGAGAGCAGGGCACACCGUGUUGCAGAGGCUGUUGGGUUGAAGGACUAUGAACACCUAGAGCCCCCUAGGAUCCUGCAUGCUGCUCGGUUAGUCUCCAUUCUUGAAGCCUAUGCUCUAUAUGAUCCUGAAAUUGGCUAUUGUCAGGGGAUGAGCGAUUUGCUUUCACCGAUAAUUACUGUAAUGACAGAGGACCAUGAAGCUUUUUGGUGCUUUGUUGGUUUCAUGAAGAAGGCUCGGCAUAACUUCAGGCUUGAUGAGGUUGGAAUCAGGAGGCAGCUAAACAUUAUCUCUAAGAUCAUCAAGCACAAGGAUUCGCAUCUCUAUCGACACCUGGAGAAGCUCCAAGCAGAGGAUUGCUUUUUUGUGUACAGGAUGGUGGUAGUGCUUUUCAGGAGGGAAUUAACUUUUGAGCAAACACUUUGCAUAUGGGAAGUAAUGUGGGCAGACCAAGCGGCUAUUAGGGCCGGCAUUGGGAAGUCUGCCUGGAGUAGGAUUAGGCUGCGUGCCCCACCAACAGAUGAUCUUUUGCUUUAUGCAAUUGCAGCAUCUGUAUUGCAACGCAGGAAACAGAUCAUAGAGAAGUAUAGUAGCAUGGAUGAAAUUUUAAGGGAGUGUCAGAGCAUGGCUGGUCAACUGGAUGUAUGGAAGCUUUUAGAUGAUGCUCAUGACUUGGUGGUCACUCUCCAUGAGAAGAUAUAGACACCUUUGUUAUGGCGCUUUCCUGGAUUUUACACUAAUUUAUUCUCUUUGCUUUCUCGGAAGUUAUUACGCGGAAUGAUGCUAUUGAAAUCUGCAGGCAUCUCUGGUACACAUGAAGAACCGCUCUACCUGAAGACAGUUUAUGGUCAAGUACUGUCGCUGCAUUCUUUUGGCUAAAAAACAGGCAAAUGUCAAAAGAAUUUGCACUUAGGAAAUAACUUAUGCGACUAUAUCCUACAUGCAGGCUGCAAAUGGUUGAACUUAGUGUAGCUAUUCGCUGGUAGCCUGUAUUCCAGAUUGUGUACCAUGCUUGGUGUUGAAAUUUUAAUUUGGUUCUAUUGUUAAUGCGCCUAAGGUGGCCUUUAGUUGAAGUAUUUGUAUGAAUCUCCUAUUGCAACUUCCCCAAGAAAAUGGGGUUUGGUUGCAAGGAGUGUUCUCCCUGAACGAAGGGAUGGAAUUGUGAAAGAAAAGCAUGGGUUUCAGCUGCAUUGUGGUUGAUUUGCUACUUA